UCGGCUUCCACGUGGGCUGGGUCUGUGCGCACCCUGGCAGGGGUCCAAGGGCGAGGUCCGAAGCGCUGGGCCUGUGGGGCACCACUCCUUCCUCCCACACCCCUGGGGAAGGCUGAUGCCCGUGCCUGCCCCCCUGGCCCUGCCCCGGCCACCUCUGCCACCAGCCCCUGAAUCAGAGCUGGGCUGGGGGGUCCUCCCUGCCAGAGCACUGACGACGGGGCCCCCAGCACGCAGACCUUCCACGCAGGCUGCUGGCAUCACGGGACUCAGGUCCGAGGUGCUGGGGCUGACCCGGGGGAUGGGAGGAUCCCCGGGGGCAGGUGAUGUGGAGGGGCGGGUUGCCAUAGCAACCUCGGGGCCUGUAAAGCCGGGCGCCCCUCCCCUGGAAGCUGCCGGGGCUCCCACGCUCCCCGCGGAACCGCGCCAGGUGCCCCUAGGACAGGUGAGCACGGAGCUCCCGACGACGCCACUCACGGCCGAGGCGUUUGCGCGGGAAGGCGGCGCGCUCACUCGCUCUGCGGCUGACCUGGCAGGCGCUCUCCCCCCGAAGGAGAAAGGCCGAGGCGGCUUCCUGCACACGAGGGGACGUGGCGUCCUGCUGCGGCGGGCCUCGGCCGCACCGCCUCUCCCAGGCUUAGCCAGAUCCCCGGGGUUCCGCUCCCCGGACACACCCCGCUGAGGGGACCGGGUGUGCGAUGGCCCGGGUGGGGGCGGGGGCUUCCAGGACGGUCUAGGGACCCGAUGGCCUGGGACGUGUCGGGACGUCCUGUAGCGCAGGUAAGUUCUGCACCCCACGGCCCCCACUUCUCAGAGGCCAGGGCCGGGGAGACUCUGCUCUGGGGGCGGCGUGCGGCCCGACCCGCCCAUGUCCUGGGCGUCGGGCCCUGCAGCGCGUCGGGCGGCCCACCGGCCCACGCUGCCCAAGGCCUGCGGCAGAGACGCCUGCCCAGCCCCGAGCACCUGAGGGGCGCGGCCGUGUCCUCCGCCAGAGUCACUCAUCCCUUCGACAGGCUCUGGUCACGGAGUCUCGGUGAGGCCGAGGUGGCCGAGCCAGCGCCUGGUGAGAACCCAGGAGGCGCGGUGCCCUGGAAGGGUCAUGCCAGCAGGAGACACCUGGGGCUCCUGGGGGGCUGCCCAUCGGCUCUGGGACACCUGGGCAAGUGUGCCGCACGCCGGCGUCCCCCGGGUCCCCAGCUCGGCUCCACAGAAAGUAGCAGCCCAGGAGUGACCAACUGGCCGGACUCGUGAAGCCCCAGAUGGGAAGUCCGGGGACUAGGGCUAGGGAGAAGCCCCCACGGGAGUGGAUGGGAGACGCGUGGCCAGGCCUCUGUCACCCCCGCACCCGCCGGGGAGCCCACGCCCCAAAAGCCACCCCCAGAUCCGCGCAGAGCAAAGCUACCCCGUCAGCGCGGUAGGAGAACGGGGAUGCGCCUGGCAUCCGGCGACAGGCUGGAACGUGGGCGGUGUGUGAGCGCGGCGGAGCCGGUGGCGUCCCCGGGGCAGAGGGGCGCAGCGCAGGGGUGCCAGCGCUAGGUCCCCGGGCUGCCCGCGCCGCGGUCUCCGCACCAGGAUGAUGGCAGGGGGCUGGGGUGCCAGCCUGGCACAAGCGCGGCUGUGGGGCAAACGCCAGGCGACUCGGGGCCCGGAAAGGGAGAGGGGAGCAGCCUCGCAGCCUGAGGGG